UCGUUUUUGAAGACACCUGAAAUUCGUUGACUAUCCAAACUGCAACUAUUUAAAUAAUACAGCCACAUUUGAAAGUAAUGAGUUGUGUUCUUAAGAUAUUCAAGUAACUAUCGGAAAGGACUUUCUUCAACAGUCAACACACACUUAAGAUGGAUGCAGUCUCAGGGAAAAAGGCACCCGAAGGAACAGGAUCGGUCACUGACCACUUCUACUGCCAGCCAUGUGCGAACGAUGGCAAGAACAUCCCACCUGAUGCCUUCUGUACCGUCUGCUAGGAGUUCCUGUGUUCCAACUGUGCCCGAGUACACAGGAACAUGAAGUUUACUAAAAGCCACCCUCUCCAGGAUAAGAGUAACAUGCCAUCCUCAUUCCAACCAGAGAGUGAGAAUAAGCAUUUUACGGAAACAUGUCAACGCCAUGCCGAAGAGUUCAUAAAAUACUAUUGUCCCAAUCACGAGGCACUUCUGUGUGGAGACUGCUUGGCUGAGAAUGAACACAGCUCAUGCACAAUUGAAAAAAAUUCUCAAUUGGCAAAGCGGUACAAAGAAGGUGCAGAAUACAACAGCCUGAAAACAGGACUUGUCCAGACAGCCAGUGACAUUGGCAAAUUGUCAAACGACAUACAGGAGAUCAUGAAAUCAGUUGACGAAGAAAGCCUAACCAAUAUCAAUGAGUUUCGCAAAUUCAGGACUGAAAUUAACCAGUAUCUGGAUAAAAAGGAAAACGAACUCUUGAUAGAAAUUGAUCAGAUGAAACGAACAUCCACGACACUGCUAAAUGAACUGAAAGCAAAAUGCACAAACAUUAAAUCAUCCAUUGAGAAACUAAGGACGGAGCUACAAACACAGAACGACAACAGCAAUCAGCUAUUAAUAGUAGGAAAGCGAGCUAUGAAAGAGCUGGCAGGUUUCCAGGCUGCCCUGGAAGAGGUUAGUAGGAGGAGUGAAGUUCUCCGAUACAAGUUUCACAGGGACCCCGCAACCGAGCAGUUAAUAGCUUCUGAAAAUGCAAUAGGACGGUUAGAAGAGGUCGAAUCAACUUCGGCGUUAGGGCAGCUACAACGACAACAGCAAACGGAGCAGGAACAACGGCAACAGGUGACGACGCAACUACACCAAAAACAGAUAAAAGCUGUUCCCCAAAAAGGCCAAUCAACUGCUGCGGUAGGGCAGCAAGAACUACAACAACAGAAGGAGCAGCAACCACGGCAACGCGAGACGAUGAAGCAGCAGCAACAACACAUGCAAGGUGUAUCACCAAAAGCCCACUUCAAACCCAGUGCAGACCUUAGCCGGGCAAAGUUCAUCAGUCAGCCUGACAUUUCAGUGAAGACAUCAGGUGAUACCCUUGACUGCUGGCUGACCUGUGUGACCCUCCUGACCGGAGAUAGGCUCCUACUGGUAGAUCACAAUACUUACUCAUUGAAGCUGAUGGUCACCGUAAACAACAAGCUGGUGUCCAAGGUGAAGCUGCCAGGUGAGCCGUGGGCCCUGUGUCUCCUGCCUGGGGACAGGGCAGCCGUCAUUCGGCCCAGUAAGAAGAAGAUACAGUUCGUUUCUACUCAGGGAAAUGUCACGCUACAGGAUGUUGUUAAAGUUGAUGGAAUAUGUUUUGGAAUAUAUUUCUGUGAUGACAACUUGAUAGUGUCCUCUUCCAACCCAGGUAAGGUUGUGCUGAUGGACAUGAAGGGAAAGGUGAAGAAGAGUGUGGACAAUGACAGCAGUGGAAAACCUUUGUUUGUGUAUCCGUUGUAUCUGACAGUGACCAGGGAGAGCCGAACUCACGUCAUAUAUGUCACAGACAGGAGCACCAACACCAUAACCAAGCUGAGCAUCUCACUGGAGGUGCUCCUGACAUAUCAAGACCCGAUACUGGAAUCGCCACGAGGUCUGGCAGCCGUGGGGGACAACCAGUUCUCGUGUGUGGGGAGGACAGUAACAACAUCCUGUUAUUGGACACGCUCACCGGCAAGAUAACCAAACUGCUGGGGAUGGACGAGGGGAUAGAGAGCCCACACAGUGUGGCUUACUGUUCACUAGGGAAGAUGAUGUUUGUCACCUGCAGUCAGUAUGACAGACCUGAAUUGAAGAAUUUCGUGAAAGUAUUCAACUUAGUAUAGAUCAAGUCUGCCAAUUAAUAUGAGUGAAAUCUAUAUCAGGUGUGAAGUAUUUGUAAUGUUUAAGAACAAUUCUAAUGUAUAGUAUCAUACUGACAAUACGUGUAUGCAAUGCCUAAUUUCACAUAUCGCGCAAUUCAAUACUGUGAGAGUAUUUGACGGAAAGUUGACGUUUCAUUUAUGUUGAAUUCUUACAUUAUUCAUAAAGGACAAGUGGUGUAGAAAUUUGUUAUUAGACAUGAAUAUACGAGUAUGGGAAUGUGCAUUAUUUAUUGAAAUGGUAGUAGCAGAUUGUGUAUGAAUUAUACUUACAAGUUGCCUUCUUACCACACAUAAACGAAUUUUAUGUAAAAUGUGUGAAUGUUUAAUCAAACAUUGUUAUUGUCUAAUUGAAUGAUUAAGAGUAUAGAGUAAUACACACUAUGUGUAAUUUUUUCAUGCAGUUUGUAUUUAGUAAAUAUGAUGUUUAUAAUGUGUUUAUAUUGAAAUUAAACAUAUAUGUACGUAUCCUUAUACAUGUAUAUUGAAUUAAUAAUUAUAUAGACAUUGACCUAAGUGUGAAUUGUUUCUAAAAAGAUGGAUUUAAUUAUUUAAACAGCCAUUGACCAAUAUGCAACUUGUUCCCUCAAAUAUUUA